AUGAGAGAGAUCAUCUACAUCCAAGCAGGCUCAUUCGCAAACUACACUGGAACUCACUUCUGGAACACCCAGGAGAGCUAUUUUACCUACGACGAUGACGAUGAACCUAUCGUAAACCACGACCUUUCAUUCGAAGAAGGACGGAGUCCUCAGAAUCAGCCAACGCUUUGUCCACGCCUGCUGGCGUUUGACCAGAAGUCAAACUUCGGGACACUCGCGAAAACGAAAGAAGCAGAUACAGCUACCGAUGUUUCUCUUGAUACGACCUGGCGAGGCAGGGUAGUUCGAGAGACACAAGAUCCGAUCCCUCAAAGCGAAUACCACGCUCGUCUUGAAGGCGAAAUGGACGAAGAAGGCAAUCUGGAAUAUACAGACCCAAAUAUCAGAUACUGGUCAGAUUACAGUCGCGUUUUCCUCGAUCGAAAAUCUAUACAGGCCAUCCCUGAUGCACUGGAAAGUACCGAGGCUGGGUGGAGUGUUGGUCAAGAGCUCUUCCGGCGAUACAAUGAGGAUGCAGAGCUCAUGGAGGGGGCGUUUCGUCUCCUCGUCGAGAACUGCGAUAACUUCCAGGGAUUGCAAAUGAUGAAUGAUACAGCUACCUUUGGGGGUUUCUCGCAUGCUUUCCUGACUUCCUUCCGCGACGAGUUUCUCAAGGCUUCUACACUGAACUUUAGCUUCCUUUCGGGUGCAGACCCCAAUCACGCCGGCAUUGACAAUUUUCUCGACACGAAAAGAAUUAUCAACGACGCAUUGUGUUUGCAAAGUCUCCAUCAGCUCUCGGAUAUCACUUUCCCGAUAUUAAAUCCAUCCCGAUGGUCCACGUUGGAAAGUACCCUAUCGCAGGGACUUGCCUAUGAUAAAAGGAGCCUGUAUCAUUCGUCUGCAAUCAUCUCGUCGCUCGUAGAGACCGCUACGCUGCCCUUGAGGCUGAAAGGUAGUCGGGAUGACAUCGCAAUAAUCGCUGACCAUUUGAACUGGCGGAAAUGUUCUCGAUUUGGACAACUGGGAGGCAUAGUUUCACUACCAUUUCCUGCGCCAGAGUCGACGUUCACCGAUCUGCACUGCAACUUCUCGACCGGUUUGCCAAAUCAGCAUGAUGUUUUUGCGAGGCGAAACGUAACUCGAGGGUUACUGGAUCAAGACCUGGCAGCGUUUGAUGCAUGGUGUGACUUGUCAUCGCUCCAGGAACCUCUGAUCUCCAGCAUUCAUGCACCUGCUUAUCCCGUGCCGACAUCUUUUCCGUCCAUAUUCCGGCACACUAAGCCAACGUCAAUGAGGAUGAUGUCGUCGCUUGUCACAGCACCUUCUACAUCGAUCCCGCUCACGUUGUACGCGAGGUUUGUGGAACAAACUGCAAGGACGCGGAGGAGUGAUGGUGUGCUUAUGAGCAUGGGACUAGAGAGCGACGACGUGAAAGAGCUUGCUAGUGCGUUGUGGGAGAUUGUCGAUGGGUACGGGAGCGACAGGAUGGCUGAAGGCAAUGACUAA